AUGCGUUAUACUACAGACUUCAGCGUCGAAGAGAAGUACACCUAUCUCGAUGGCUUGGGAAAUCAUCAUCAAUCUGAAGCAUUUCCCGGGGCAGUUGCAUUUGUCAACCCCUAUCCUCAACAAGCCCCUUAUGGCUGUCGAACGGAGAAGAUCUCUGGAACAGCGUUUGUGGCUCCACGGGCAGAGAACUUGCAAACCUACACAUAUCGUUCCCAGUCCUCCUACGAUCACUCCGAAUUCAAGCCGUGGCAUCACGAAUUGGAGACUGCUAAUCCGGCAGAACCGACAAAGUUCACGCCCAAUGGCUACUGGUGGUCCGACUUCGCCUCGGUCAGUGAAGGCGAUUGGACAGGGCAGCAUCUGCUAGGAAGCAACGGAAACGCACGGCAGAAAACUGGAGUUGCUCUCUGGGUUUUUAAACUCACUAAAGAUAUGAAGCCACAGACGGUAUUCUCGAGUCAGGAUGGUGAGGCUUUGAUCGUCCCCCAGUCGGGCGCACUGGAUAUCACCACGGAACUGGGAAGGCUGCUAGUAAGAGCCAACGAAUUUGCCGUUAUCCCGCGUGGAAUCCGAUAUCGUGUAGGGUUGGUCGAUGGAAAGCCAUGCCGAGGCUACAUCUGGGAGCUGUAUCAAGGCCAUUUUCGAUUGCCAGAGCUCGGUAUCAUUGGGUCAGUGGGCCUCGCCAGCCCGCGUGACUUCCAAGUUCCCACAGCAUUCUUCGAUGGCGAAGUUAUCGACGGCAUUGCUGUUGCAAAUAAUGGCAAUUCUCCGUGGACUAUCAUCACGCGUCUUGAUACUAGACUAUGGUCCUGUACACAAGACUCCACGCCGUUUAAUGUUGCUGGUUGGCAAGGCACGCUCUAUCCUUACAAGUACGACAUGAUGCGCUUUAACCCCUUUAGUAAUGCUGCAUUUGAUCACCAUGACCCAUCGUUAUACUGCGUCCUGCAAGCCCGGGCCUAUGGGAAAGAACCUUUCACCUCUGUCUUGGACUUUGCCCUUGCCGGGCCUCGCUGGGAGGCUACUGAAGACACAAUCCGGGUCCCCUGGUACCACCGCAAUACUAUGUCAGAGGUCAUCUUCCCGGUAAUCAACGACCCGGCACUCCCUUUCAAUGGUGGUACGAAGUUUGGCCCCUUUGCAGGUUGGAUGAACGCCGCCAUGGUGCCGCAUGGGCAGACGGAAGAGGAGUAUCAGCUGUACUUGAACCAGGACACCAGCAAACCCGUAAAACUGCAGGAUGAUGGAGUUUCGGUAACGGUUUUCGAGACUGAGUGUCCCCUCAUGCUGAGCGAAUGGGCUUAUAACACGGCAGAGAAGAAUUUCAAGUCACAGGCCUCCGCGGUAUAUGAUAAAUGA